UGAGAGAGGGCGGGGGAAGGAAGAGGAGGCGGGAUCGGGGCGCUGCGUUGGCUGCGGCCUGGCACGAAAGGGGCGGCCCCGGCGGAGAGGAGACCCAGUAGCCCGGGCGAUUAUGGACCCGGCAGAGGCGGUGCUGCAGGAGAAAGCGCUCAAGUUUAUGGCUGCAGUUCCGGCUGGUGGAUAUUGGAGGAAUAAUAAAAAGUGCUCUAUGCCCAGGUCUCUGUGGCUGGGCUGCUCCAGCCUGGCGGACAGCAUGCCUUCGCUGCGAUGCCUGUAUAACCCAGGGACUGGCGCACUCACAGCUUUCCAGAAUUCCUCAGAGAGAGAAGACUGUAAUAAUGGCGAACCCCCUAGGAAGAUAAUACCAGAGAAGAAUUCACUUAGACAGACUUACAACAGCUGUGCCAGGCUCUGCAUAAACCAAGAGACAGUAUGUCUGACAAGCACUGCUAUGAAGACUGAAAACUGUGUGGCCAAAACAAAACUUGCCAAUGGCACUUCCAGUAUGAUUGUGCCCAAGCAGCGGAAGCUCUCAGCAAGCUAUGAGAAGGAAAAGGAACUGUGUGUCAAGUAUUUUGAGCAGUGGUCAGAGUCUGAUCAAGUGGAAUUUGUAGAGCACCUUAUAUCCCAAAUGUGUCAUUACCAGCAUGGGCACAUCAACUCCUACCUAAAACCUAUGCUGCAGAGGGAUUUCAUAACUGCUCUGCCAGCACGGGGUCUGGACCAUAUUGCUGAGAACAUUCUGUCAUACUUGGACGCCAAAUCACUGUGUGCUGCUGAGCUUGUGUGCAAGGAGUGGUACCGCGUGACGUCAGACGGCAUGCUGUGGAAGAAGCUCAUCGAGAGAAUGGUCAGGACAGACUCUCUGUGGAGAGGCCUGGCAGAGCGCAGAGGGUGGGGACAGUACCUAUUCAAAAACAAACCUCCUGAUGAGAAUGCUCCUCCCAACUCCUUUUAUAGAGCACUUUAUCCUAAAAUUAUACAAGAUAUUGAGACAAUAGAAUCAAACUGGAGAUGUGGACGACAUAGUUUACAGAGAAUCCACUGCCGCAGUGAAACAAGCAAAGGAGUUUACUGUUUACAAUAUGAUGACCAGAAAAUAGUAAGCGGCCUUCGAGACAACACGAUCAAGAUCUGGGAUAAAAACACAUUGGAAUGCAAGCGAAUCCUCACAGGCCACACAGGCUCUGUCCUGUGUCUCCAGUAUGAUGAGAGAGUGAUCAUAACUGGAUCAUCGGAUUCCACUGUCAGAGUGUGGGACGUAAAUGCAGGUGAGAUGCUAAACACAUUGAUUCACCAUUGUGAGGCAGUUCUGCACUUGCGCUUCAAUAAUGGCAUGAUGGUAACAUGCUCCAAAGAUCGUUCCAUUGCUGUAUGGGAUAUGGCCUCCCCAACUGACAUCACCCUAAGGAGGGUGCUGGUGGGACACCGAGCUGCAGUCAAUGUUGUAGACUUUGAUGACAAGUACAUCGUUUCCGCAUCUGGGGAUAGAACCAUAAAGGUAUGGAACACAAGUACUUGUGAAUUUGUAAGGACCCUAAAUGGACACAAACGAGGAAUCGCCUGUUUGCAGUACAGAGACAGGCUGGUGGUGAGUGGCUCAUCUGACAACACCAUCAGAUUGUGGGACAUAGAGUGCGGUGCGUGCCUGCGCGUGUUAGAAGGCCAUGAGGAGCUAGUGCGCUGCAUUCGAUUCGAUAACAAAAGGAUAGUGAGCGGGGCCUAUGAUGGAAAAAUUAAAGUAUGGGAUCUUAUGGCUGCUUUGGACCCCCGUGCUCCUGCAGGGACUCUUUGUCUACGGACGCUUGUGGAGCAUUCUGGAAGAGUUUUCCGACUCCAGUUUGAUGAAUUCCAGAUUGUCAGUAGUUCGCAUGAUGACACAAUCCUCAUCUGGGACUUCCUAAAUGAUCCGGCUGCUCAUGCUGAACCACCCCGCUCCCCUUCUCGGACAUACACCUACAUCUCCAGAUAAAUAACCCAACACUGACCUCACACUUGCCCGGGACUCGUUAAUGUCGCAGUAUUUAACAUAUCUGCCAAGACCAGGGUGAACAACAACAAUCACACUCCUACCCGGAUUCCCCGGAUGGAUCAGCGAGGAGCAGGGCUUUGAGACUCCUGUUGGGACACAGUCGGUCAGCAGCUGACCAGGAUGGUCUGCUCGGCACACCCGGCUGCUUCAGUGCUGCUAUCAGAAGAUGUCUUUAUCUUGUGUGAAUGAUUGGAACUUUUAAGCCUCCCUUCCUGUUCCCUCCCCUUCCCCUCUGCACCUGUUUCUCUCCCAUUGGGUUCCAGACAAAGAUGACUUAUAAAUAUAUUUAGUGUUUUGCCAGAAUCUCUCUUCCUUUGCUAUUAAGCAGAAGAACUAGUUUCCCCAUAUGGCUCACUUCUAGGGGACAGGGGCUGCAGCUUCCAGGCAAAGAAUGCCUGGCCUCCCCUGUUAUUGUAGGAGUGCUCAGCACCUGGCUGGAGCAGUCUAAGCCACUGCGUGGGAGGAGACAGCUGCCUGCACAUCCUUAGAGGAGAGAGAGGGACACAGACUGGAAGAUCUGCACCUGCUGCCUCCUCCCCCACCUGGGUUCUGUCCCCCUUCCUCCUCUCCAUCUUCAACCUGAGAAGGCAUGUGCCGUGUCCUCAUCUAGCAUGAGGCGGAUCACCCAGAAAAUGGGACACUUGGAAGAGUUUGAGUAUCCUAAUUUCCAGGCUUUUGCUGCAAGUGACCCCGGGGCAGCGGUGGAUUCAUGAACAUGACACUCGCCAUAUUUGCAGCUUUCUCUCUCCUUCCCUGUGCCCAGGGGGAGGGACAGGAAUGUCCUGGGCGCCAUCAGUGGUUGUGUUUGCUCUGGACUCAGCAGUCUCCUCGGUUCCAUGUAGAGUGGAAAGGAGCUGCUGAUUGCAUUUCCUCUCAUUAACAAUUAGAUGUGUAAUAAAAAGCAUUGUGCUUCAUCUUAAAUCACUGGCAAGGCCUGCAGAAAGGCUUGGAGUGGCCAGCGCCAGGCACCACUGCACUCUGUACCAUGGCUCACAUCUGUUUCCUUGACCAAGCCGGAAAGCACCCAGGCACCCAUAACUGCCCAGACUGUGAGCACAGCAGCUUAAGAGAUGGUCAGGAGAAAGCUGGUUCUCCAUUUAGGCCAGUAAAUAUCUGUCAGUCUAACUGCCUCAACCUUGCACAGCAGAUCCUUCCUUCUGCUUCCCCCAAACCCAGUAUUUGCAGAAAGGCAAGGCUGCCAGAGGGGAUCAGGGUGAAGCUUGGCACACAGGGUUACUAGUAAGCAGGAGCCUUCUCUUCCUUUCCCUCUCCCUGCCUUAUUUUGCUGUCCACUUUCCCCAGCCAGUAAACUCUGGCAGUCAGUAAAAAUGUAAAUGACUGGACUUCCUCAAGGGCUAAGCUGGCCACAUGGAAGGCAGCAUUGGGCCUCUGCCAGCAGACUCCAGACACAGAGGCUCGUGAGUAAGCCUGGGAGAACUUGAACUGAGAGCCAACUCACUUUCCCCCAGCAUGCAUUGCCUGCUAAGGGAUGGUUAAGGCAUACCAUUGGGCCUGAGGCCACACUACAGCCUUGCUUUUCCCUUGGAAACCAAGCAGUCAGGCUCUCAUCACUGUUCCUAACCAUGCAUUUGAAUUUAAGAAAGCCAGCUGAACCAGCUGCUAUAAAAAUAGAAAUGGGGGCCAGUCCCAAGUGGCCUCUAGCCAGGCCAUCUUCACUUCUGCAAGAGAGAGAGAAGAGAGUAUCUUCAUUCUCUGGUUUGCAACUCUUCCCUUACCCAAAGUGUCCCCGAGUGAAUGCCGUUACAUGCUGAGUCAGGUCACAUGAGUGCCAUUUCCUUUUCUUGUGUAACUGUAAUCUCAAGUUACAUCUAAGAAAUAUCUCUCCGUAUUUGUUUCUCUUUUCCUGACCACCCACAUGCUGCAGAGAGUCGUCUGAUUAGCUGCGCUGAGCUCCUUGUCCACUGACUAUUAAUAGUGAAGGACUUUGCUGAAAAACAGGUCAGACAUUAAGAGACCUAAGCUGCUUCAAGAAAUGGUCUAGUGGCCAUAACUUGACUAGCCCUUCAGUUAUAUGCUGCUUUGAAAGGUAGGAAUAGGAGAACAUCUGGCUUUGAGGGAGAUGUGGGUACUCCUGCACACUCGCCAGGCCAGCACUGCACUCUCCUUCCGAGGUCUAGCUUUGUAGGUGUGCUCUCUGACACCCUUGAGAAGUGUGGCCACCCAUCGUACUUGGGCCCGGGUGGACCCUGCGUGUUGACGCUGUUAGUUGGGUUCAGCUCUUUCUCCAGGCUGUCCUCUCUGCUGCUGAUGGAAAUGGGAAUGAAGUUAAGUGGUCUGAGAAACUUGAAUCGCUCACAUUCUCAGCUCUGGGGUCAUUUACCAGUUCAUUGUAGAAGAAACAAUCAGGUAAGUAGAAGUUCAUUUCCAGAGAAAGUAAAUCCCACUUACCAUCUCUGCAUGAUUUCAGUGGGAAUUGAUUAUCACCAAUCCCCAACUGGGCGAGAAUAGAUGUAAAGUUUGACCUUUUUAAAAGAAAAGAGAAACAAAGAACAUCUCUACACAUUUAAAGGAAUAGUAGACAAGAAGCUGCAAGUGUCCUGUGGCUCUGAGAUGACUGUCCCCAUGGUCAGUCUCUUUACUAAAAUCUACCUUUCAGUGUACGGCUUGAAAGACAGCUGAAAGCCUUCUUAGGUGGAUGAGCCUGUGUGCAGGUUACCCUGCUGGAGGCUGGACCAAUGUGUCACUGGUGAUGUCUAGACAAGGCCAAGAUUCCUUGAUGCUCGUGUGUGUGUGUGUGUGUGCUCACACUGGGUACAUCCCUUCCCUUGAAGUGCAGUCAGAAAGUGGAUGUGAAUUAUGGAUGGGGAGCCUUUUACACUUGUCCCUUGGCUAAAUUCUUUCAGAUUUGUCGUAACUUUAGAGACAGAAACUGUUUGGAACUCUGUUGACGAGUAAUAAAGUCUGGCCCCCCGUAGCUUGUUUUGGAACUGGAAAUGACACUGAGACUCCUAAAUCAUUCUGUAAGAAAAAAAAAUAUUUUUAGCACUGCAAAGCCGGGGAGAAGGCUGUCCUCACUCAUUCUCUCUCCUUUUCUUGCUGGCCUCUAUCUGAGAGGCUGAACUUGACCUACGUGGUUAGCUUUUUGACUAGACGGAGAAAGCUGAAAAUGAUUAGGCCCAUGGUGAUGUUCAUUGUCUUGGCAUCUCCCUGAAGUAGAUGGUGAUACCUUCUGGUCCUGAAUCUGAGACAGGUCCACCUAGAUGAGUGCAGUACUGGGUAGAAUGAGUCAUGCUGGUACCCAGUCCCUGUGACUGCAGUCCAUGCAGUGGUGAUCAGUUUACAGUGUAACUUUGGUCCACACUAAUCACCAUCCCUAUUUGAUUAAAUUCAGCACUUUGAAGUGCACUCAGAGACUCCCAAUGGGGCCAGUCCUAGGACUCACACAGUGAGCAUGGCUGGUACCAGUGAGGCAGCCAUCUCAGGGGAAUAAAGCUGAGCUUUAUAUAUGAUGUCAGUCUCUUAAAGCUAAGAAGAGAAACCAAAGCAGCAGGUGGCUGCCCACUUGCAGGUGGAAUCUACUGCAUUGCUGUCCAGAAACCCCUAAUGCUGGCAGCCCUGUUUUAACAAAAUAGCCCAGUGCCUGUGGUCUGACAUUUCCUGGAGGCAGUUGACUUCCCAAAUAUAUACUUCUCAACAAACUCAGCUAUCUGACUUAGCUUCUGAGUAUGUGUAGGGACAGAGACUGUGUGUUAUCUCCCCUACCAAACCUUUCCCUUGGAUGCUGAAGGAAAAGCACAACAGGGUAGACCUCUGGGUACCAAGGAAGCUGAUACUUUCCCAAAGUAGUAACCCUCGAGCCCUGGCAGACUCCCUGAGGGUUCUCUGUGGACACUAGCGGGAGCAAGCCUGGCAGCAGUGUGAGCUAGAGAGCUUUUGGUUGUUCGCGCUUCGUCUCCUAGAUUCUCCAGUGCUGAGUGCUUUCAUUUUUGUGAUUAUGUUACAGUGAUGUGUAGUCAAUAUUCCAAUAUGUUCACAAGCUAGGACCAUGGUAAUAGAGUGUGUUUGGUUUUUUAACUGUUUGGGGGGGAAAAAGUAAAUUACAAGUACAAGAUUAAAGUGAAUUUUCUAA